CUCGAAGCUGACAAAUCGACGCUGGGAGGUGAUUAUACUUAUGUACUGUAGCUUUGGAGCCUGAGCGAUAGAGUUUACGGUAAUUUUGUUAUACCUUGGGAAUGCUCCCUCGCUCCAUAAAUACCAGCUCAUUCAAAGCUGCUUCCCGACUCUCCAGCCUAUCCUCGACCAUCCGCGCUUCCUACUCCACCAUGUCGUCCAACAUCACCCUUUACUCCUGGCCCACGCCGAAUGGAAUUAAGGCCUCCAUCACCCUGGAGGAGCUUGGAUUGCCCUACAAGCUCGAGCCGAUCGACAUUAGCUCCAAUAUUCAGAAGGAAGAUUGGUUUCUGAAGAUUAACCCCAAUGGUCGCAUUCCCGCUCUCACCGAUGGCUCGCAGCGGGUUUUCGAGAGCGGAUCGAUUAUGCUGUACCUUGCCGACAAGUACGAUGCCGAGCGAAAGAUUAGUUACGCGCCCGGCACUUCCGAAUACAUUGAGCAGCUGUCUUGGGUGAUGUUCCAGAUGGGUGGCCUGGGUCCCAUGCAGGGUCAAGCAAACCACUUCCGGCUCUUCGCUGGUGUUCGCUCCGACUACGGUAUUAAGCGAUACAUCGACGAGACCAAGCGACUUUAUUCGGUCCUGGAAUCUCGCCUGAAGGAAAGCCCAUACCUCGCUGGAUCAAAGUACACAAUUGCCGAUAUUGCCAACUACUCGUGGGUCCGCAGCGGUCCCAGCGCCCUGGAGAUUGAUCUCUCCGAGUUCCCUGCUCUGAAGAAGUGGGCCGAUGAGAUUGGCCAGAGGGAUGCGGUGCAGAAGGGGGCAGAUGUACCUCAAACUGGUCGCACGGAAGCGGAUCGUGCGGAAUUCUUCAAGAGUGCCCGUGCUAGAAUUGACGGCUUGGACAACUCCGAUAAGCAUUAAGUGGUUCCCGUGCAGAACGAAGUGUUGAUAUGCAAAGGACUGUCGAUUGAUAGUACAAAAUGAUUGGCAGCUAAAGCUAGAAUGUUACAUCUAGUAAUAAAGUUUUUCCAAAAGCAAACCAAAUCCGGUAUCAUGUAGAUAGGCGAAUUGGAAAGACACAGGAUGCUCAUCUCGGGACACAAUCAUUUCGUCUCACCGGAAGUACUCGACCCCUAGAUUGAAUAUUGAAUCGUUUGACCACCUGGAGAAAAUCACUGAUAUGCUGGAUCAUGCGCGUUUUCUCCCACUUCGAUUCAUCCCAUUCGUAGAGUGACGCUAUCACAUACAGCCAAGGUCGUCUAAACUCGG